UCAAUCACUUGUUUAUCAUCCUCACAAACAAAUUCACCCAUAAUAACAAUAUGGCUCCCACAAAGGUCGGAAUCAACGGCUUCGGUCGCAUUGGACGCAUUGUCUUCCGCAAUGCCGUCGAGCUUGACAACAUCGAUGUCGUCGCUGUCAACGACCCCUUCAUUGAGCCCACCUACGCCGCAUACAUGCUCAAGUAUGAUACCACCCACGGCCAGUUCAAGGGUGACAUCAAGGUCGAUGGUAAGGACCUGAUCGUCAACGGCAAGACCGUCCGUUUCUACACCGAGAGGGACCCAGCCGCCAUCCCAUGGUCCGAGACUGGUGCCUACUACGUCGUCGAGUCCACCGGUGUUUUCACCACCACCGAGAAGGCCUCCGCUCACUUGAAGGGUGGCGCCAAGAAGGUUGUCAUCUCUGCCCCAUCCGCAGAUGCCCCCAUGUUCGUCAUGGGUGUCAACGAGGAGACCUACAAGUCCGACCUCAACGUCAUCUCCAACGCCUCGUGCACCACCAACUGCCUGGCACCUCUCGCCAAGGUCAUCAACGACAACUUCACCAUCAUUGAGGGCCUCAUGACCACCAUCCACUCCUACACCGCCACCCAGAAGACCGUUGACGGCCCAUCCGCCAAGGACUGGCGUGGAGGCCGCACUGCGGCCCAGAACAUCAUCCCAUCCUCCACCGGUGCCGCUAAGGCCGUCGGAAAGGUUAUCCCCGUCCUGAACGGCAAGCUUACCGGCAUGUCCAUGCGUGUCCCAACCGCCAACGUCUCCGUUGUCGAUCUUACCGUCCGCAUCGAGAAGAGCGCCAACUACGAGGAGAUCAAGGCCGUCAUCAAGAAGGCCUCCGAGACCACCAUGAAGGGCAUACUCGCCUACACCGAGGACGAGGUUGUCUCCUCCGACAUGAACGGCCACAACGCCUCUUCCAUCUUCGAUGCCAAGGCUGGUAUCUCCCUCAACGACAACUUCGUCAAGCUCGUCUCGUGGUACGACAACGAGUGGGGCUACUCCCGCCGUGUGCUCGACCUGCUCGCAUACAUUGCCAAGGUCGACGGCGCUGCCCAGUAGGACCUUCUUCUCACUUCCACCCCGCGUCGCUGACGUCGCGCCUCCUCCUCCCUGCUGUUUCUCCAGAGUCUGAUAUUUGUGUGUUUUCUUCGCAGGGGGGACCUGGUCAAGGGACGGCUAUGAGCGCUUCGUCGAGAUGAAAAUAUAAAACGAAUGAAACUUGUCGGACAAAAAAGCGAUGCGAGGGAAUGAUGAUUGCUGAGAUUUAGAGAAUAUUUUUUUGGGCUCGAGCAAUGAGGAUGCGUAGAUCGAUGUGCUUUGUGCCUUAUCGUGAGCUUGUUCGUUGUCUUUGAGAGGCUAGAUAAAUUAUACAUGUUCUCGCCUGAUUUGUCUUUGCUAUUUACGUGUGAAUUUAUGUCCAUAUUUUGUUGUGAAGGGGACAUAUUCCAUGUCCUUCUAUUACUCUCAAAUACAUUAUCAGCCUUCUUACAUCUCUCCCUCUUAACACCAUCUCAACACCGCCGAAGAAACCCCAAGACCCCACCAACGCAGCCUCUCCAAAUCCAGUAUAAAAGGCUCGCUUGAUACUCGAUUCAUGUUCAAUACUUCAAAAACGCAGGCCAUAUCUUUCCGUUAUCUGCGCGUGGGUUUGUUGAAUACAGCUCAUACUGACAUUUUCCCGUCACGCCUUUCUGCUGCAGCUGGGCUGGUAUGCGGUUUCUUGUUGGUGCGGAAGCUGUUGUCGGUGGGGGUUUCUUGCUGUCGUGGUUGUUGCCACCGUUGGUGCUGUCACCGGUGGAUGGCCUGGUGUCACCUUCUCUCUUGCUAGCAUCCUGAACGGCCUCUUUGCGGGCUGCAGCCAUCGAGAUACCCAUUCGUCAUCUUGUAACUGCCAUUCUAUGCGGAUUCCUAUCUUAUUCAUGUCUUGCCAGCUAAGCAAUAAAAAAAGUAAUGGGAAGUCGAGCUUAAUAAUAGGGGUGCUGGACGAGGUUGGUGGCCUUGAGUGUGUAGUUUUACGAUAGGGAAGACCUUCGCCCCAGACUUGAGCCCCGGUCUUCUGACAGGUAGGAAUGAUGAGGAAACAAAUUGUGAUAUAUACAGCUUAUAUAUUGUCGAGCAUUCCUUGCUCGACAUUCUCCACCUUCGAUUUUCUCACAGGGAUCGGACUAUGUAUGAUAGCUAGAAGGCAAGAAGAGUCUCACAGUCUUAGAUAUCAACCCCAAGACUACGAAGUUACGAAGAGAACAAGCGUUUCAUUGUUAAAUCAAGUGGCCUGGAUACAAUGAGUGGUAACGGACGCCCAUUCCUGGUCCGCUGUAUGGCCACGACGACUCUCGCGAUUUCUUCUCACCGAUGCGGUCUUCUUGUCAAUGCGGUCUUCUCACCGACCAAGUGUUCUUGCCAACAAAAUAUAAUCACGAACAUGGAAUGGAGUGUAGUAUCAAGAGUUGGAAGCUCUACCCAGUGGUGGGACUGGGCCGUUCAUCAAACAAUGUCGUGUAAGGCCCUUCAUUAAAUGUUUCAAACCAAGCCUUGUUUGUUUAUACCAUUGGGCGGGUGCAGUGGUAGAUAUACACUCGUCUUGCUACAAAAUGUUG